AUGGCGACACGCUCGAGUGCUGAGGAGGCCGAGAAGAGCGACGUGGACAGCUUACUGCGGCUUGUACGUGCUCAUCAGCGCCAGCAUGAUGACCGUGCCUAUGAAUCAAGCGCUCCUGCCGCCAUCCGACGCUGCAAGACCAUGCUGACCAAGCUGCGCAAGAUAUUACCAAAGCUCAUGCGGCCCGUGGCGACGCUGUCGACGGAUAAAGCCGUGCCCGUGCUGCAAGAUUUGUGUCAACUACUGAAUCUUCUGCUGGGAGGUGGCGCAUGUCCGCACUCAAUGACGCUGUUUAUGGAAAGCAACGCGAAUGUGGCUCGUGGAGAGGCGUCAGGCUUCCCGUCCUACCCGACUAUGGCCACGAUGUUAUUCUAUAUGGUGUCGUUCUACACCAACGACAAGCUACGGGAGGCACAGCGAGACGUUCGCGACGUAACGCUGCAAAUGGUGCUGUUCCUGCAGAGAAACGAUGUGUAUGGGUUUAUUCACUUCUUCCGUGACACAGUGCAAUUGCUAGAGGACUGUUUUUUACUGGAGGAGUCGUUAAAGAACCGAGACUCGACGGACACGUUGCCUGGUGGAGCGAGCGUUGCCUGCUACUUGGAUACGGCGAUUCACGUGUACCAAGAUGCAGAUGGACCGCUCGGCGCAAAGAGCAAUGUUACGCUGUGUGGAUGCAUGCCGAUUACAGAUGUGAACCAGCUUUACGAACGCAGAGAGCAGUUAAAGAAGAUGCUGCCGUCUAUUCACGUCAGUUCGUAUGGUAUGGUUGUGGCGCUUCGGCAAUCGGUGAUAGUGCUAGCGGAUCGGAUCGUUCGAGAGCAUAACGCGAUGCUGGAAGGCGACCAGUGUUUCGACAGACUAUGCCAACUGGUAGAAUUGUUUAUCAGUAAAAAUGAAGAACUUGCGAAAAACACCGGCGGGGAGAGCAUGAACGGUGCUGUAUCGAGCCAAGACGCGGACGAAGUCACACGAAGCACACUUCGAUUAUUGCUCACCAUCUUGCAAGUCAGCGUAUCCACUGAAAGACGGUUUGUCCGCUUGAGUUUGAUGUACUUGAAGGACAGCUUUCUUCGUGGAGCGAAUGCGCGGACAUGGAAGGCCUGUGCUGCCAUCCUUGAGCUAAUUAGUACGUCUUAUCCUCGUCUCUCCAAGUUUGCCAGCGAUGCGUUAUGGCCAUGUUUCGAGUCGUGGGUAUACGGGAAUAUGGAUCAGGUUCGUGGGGCUGGUCGUGAGAGAAAACACAUCGUGGAAUCGAUUUGGAUGGCUGUCCUUUCGAUUUUGGAUGUGUACACUCGCCAGUCGAAAACUGCGUCUGCCGCUUCAUUAUUUAUUGACAUGUUGGAGCUUGUCGAUCUAAAAGUAUUGAAUCCAGCAAUGACAUCAAGUGUCAUAGAUAAAAUCCACUACGUGCUCUCGGCGAAGGAAAUGCUGACGAAAGUGGUUCGAUUCAUAUCGAAGGAAUUAGCCGGAAAUGGGCCAAGCGCGAUGAAUCUAAGUCAAAGCGCCAGCGCGUCAAGGAAGCGGAAGCGAAAUAAUUUGUUAUUGGAUACACGAGAUUCAUCUGCCGGAUUGCGUCGAGAUAACACCACCGAGUUGCACGAAAAGUUAGGUCGAUGGCUACUUGAUCUUAUUUCUUUUGAUAGUGGCAGUGAUCGAAAGAGCAUACUGGGUAUCUCCACUGGUUUGCGGGUGAUUCUGCCUCUUCGUCGCUACAUCGCAGCUUUUGCACGACUAGAGAGUUUUGCCAUUUUCCGAGCUCUUCUCCAGCGUGUCGAUUUGAUUGUGAACACUUACGCGCCGUCACUCACAUCCCUUACUAGCGAAUACUUGGAUUUAUGGAUCAUCUUGCUGCGGUAUUUUGACGAUCACGAAAUCGAAAAGUAUCGUGGUCUGCUUACCAAAGUUGUGGAGAGUGUGGAGACUCAAAAGAUUUUUGAACGUAGUUUAGAACGGGACAACGCGUUCGUUGAGCCAGACUGUUGGGAAUACUUGGAUUUUCUACAGUUAUACCAACGUCACCCUAAGUGCCACGACAUGUCCCUGUCGGAGAGGCUCGAUGAAGUGUCGUACGAAUAUGUUCGGAGCGCAGAUACUGUACUCGAGGUUCUUUUCCGAAAGUCAGUGGCCCUCCGUGGUCCAUUCUUGGUAUACUUUGUGUGGUCACGUCCUGCGACGCUCAAUAUCGUCGCCGAGGAUUCGUGGCGGAAUGCUCUACCAUGGAGGAUUGUUUACCGAGCGAUAUUGCAAGAAACGUCGCUUGAUGUGACAGUGUGUUCCUACCUUGCUAUGGCUCCACUUCUCGCUUUCUUUGUGGUGGCUGGAUCUCUAACCUCCCCAAAGAAGAUGGCUACUUGCAUCAUGGAAGCCUUUAAUAGCAAAAUUCAGCGCACGGGAUCAGAUGCAAUUUCGUCGGCGAUAACUCAAGCGUGCGGGGCGGUACUCUGCGCAACGGCAUACGGUCAAGCAUCCGCUGAGGGGGUGCAUUAUUUCAAUGACAGAAGAGCAAGUGCCGUUUGUUGUCACUCCAAAAGCUGCCAAUGUCGAAAGAUCGCUGAUGGUUGUCAAGCGAUGCCGAUCCCAUUAUCGUUGUUCGAGCCAACGAUUUGUGGUGAGAUUGGCAGUGCUACUGAAAUCAUGCAGGUCGUCAAAGUCAAUGCAUUGUCGAGCGUUUUUGAGCAUUGUGAGGUUGAUUAUGGUAACGAUUACACUGCCAAGCGAUUCGUGGAGUACCUUCUCACGUGCUUCGAGCAUCGCUCCAAGCUGGUCCGUCAAGCUGUACUAGAAUCGAUUGCCCACCAACCUCGACUUCUAGAUGCAAUGAUCGACCCAGCGAGAGAUGGACUUACUGGACUAAUAGAGCGAUUGGAGGGUUACAUGACGGCGGCUGAAGAAAGUAACGAUGAUAACGAGAUCGCAGAGAUGAUGUUGGCAGCGGGCUCUAUUGGCUGUGAAUGUGACCCGCACCAACGUGAUCGUGGGGAUAAUUGCACGUGGAUUCUUUUACGACUGGUAUCUCUAUGGAAUCGGUUCAUGUUUUCGAAACGUUCGCGAUGCGCAGUGAUGGCUUACUCCCAGAUUUGCCGUAUCACAAUGCACCACGGCUUGUCGUGGAGACGGUUGUGUGUAGAUUUUCCUGAACUGCUCUACUUUCCCCUUAUCGAUGGACUAUUGGAAACUCGAAGUCUUACGCUGUUUCUCCGUACUUUUAUGGGCGGGAAAGUUGAUAUUAAAUUUUUCUUGAAAGCGAGUGCGCCGUACGUUCUUCCGAAGUACGUUGUUCAUCAAAAUGAGCAUAUGCUGCAUGCGUUUGUGGCCGAGUUUAACGGGACAGAAGAAGAUAUUGUAAUGGCUGGCGAUGGCGCGGAUGAAGCACUGCAGAUGAAUGUCACUAAUCUCCUCUUGAACCAUCUCGACUACGUGUUGAGAGAUUUGCUUAUCCAUCAAGUGCAAGCAGUCUCGAAUGAAAACCGGUUGGCGGAAUGGGAGUUUUUACUCAAGUUCUUGCCAGAGAACUCGACAGUCCGUGAUGUGAUUGUACACUCCUCGCUGCGACUAAUGAACUUACUCGCGUGGGAGCUUGGUGGGCCUCAAUCUCGUAUGGCCAAACGUGCUAUGCGAGAGGUUGCAAAUUGCUUGAAUGAGGAUGCAGGGGAAGCAGAAACCAUCGAACAGGUAGCGAGUCUUCAGCCUGGAGAAGGAUGCAUGCCCCGACAGUUUUUUCUGGCGCUCAUGACGGAUCUAGGCAAUCGAAUCAGCGGCAAAAACUCGUCAGCUAUGAAAAUUCGUGCGAUCAAAAGCAUUGAGUGCUUGCUUGAUCUUUACGGUGGCUCCUCUGCCGACACGCAAAACAGUGGGGUCGUGGAUCCAUUUGUUCCAAAAGUGAUGGCAACUCUAAAAGUUGGUCUGACGGAGCAUGGGUUGCAAGAGCAUGCCAUUCAAGCGUGGGGAAAUUUUCUACAGAUGCUGUCGACGAAGGCUUUGGAAGCGAACCUGAGCUCUAUAGUUGUCAGCUUGCUCUCAUGCCUCGGCCACGAGUCCUCGGCAAUUUUAAUUGAAGAUGCAUCGAUUACUGGUAGUCAAUGUUGGAAUGUCGAGUCGUUGGAGAAUUUUAGGCAGGAUGGAACUGGGCGAGUCGGCUCGCUAGGUAGCCGGGAUGAAGCUCAGAUGAAAUGUAUGACAGCGGCGGUGGGUAUUUUACGCUAUCUGUUUAUUGACAAAGGAGCUGAACUGAAGCCUUCUUUCCCGAAGAUCCCGUUGUUGCCGUCUAUUCCAGAACUUGAUGAGAUUUACGCUGUUCUCUACGAAGAAGAUGGAGAUCCAAGAUGCCGGCCUUUACGAGAAUAUUUGAUGAACCUAUCGGCGUAUGUCAAUCAUCUUGACGUAGCGGUUCGUGAAAUGGCACUAACGCAGCUGCUGCGUUGUUUGGUUGUACGGGGUGCGGAGUUAGAGACGCUUAUGCAGAAUGAAGGAGAUAUCUUCAUCGACCAAGCGCUUGCUAGCGUAGUCCAGUCAAUUCUGCAACUUUCUCGCUCGGAAUGCCACGAGCCUAUCAAGCUGCUAUGCGCUCGAUGUUUGGGUGCUCUGGGUGCAAUUGAUGGCGCCCGUGUGCCUUUACACAUGUUCUACACAUCUGGCCCCCAAGGAGGUGCUGCAGUCGCGAAGGAGAAACAGUAUCAAAAGAUCGAGUACUCAACGAAGGAUCUAGCUAUUGUACUGAUCGAGAAAUGGCUGGUUAAAGAAUUGCGUGCAGCACCCGAGAACACGGACUCGCUAGCAUUUGCUAUCCAGGAAUUGCUGAAGUUUCUGGCAGAGUUGACAGCUGAUCCGCAGCAUAGCGGCCAAAGUCUGUCAACGAAUAAUUUUGGGUCAUCGUACAAGUCAAGACAAGAUUCCAGCACCCCCAUGCCUGACUGGAUGAAAAGACGAUUUGAUCGAAAAGAUGUUCUCCAGUUCGUAGAACCUUAUUGGUCAACAAACUACGCCGUGUUGGGCGGUAGAUCUUCGCAUCGCAAUGGUAGCAGUGGCUCUGAUCAUCGAUCAUCGGCAAGCACUGAUCAGAAUCUGAAUCCGGUGCGUGAUGAUAUUUCGUUUUAUGAAAUGUACGGGACGUCAUAUGAAGACUGGAUUCUAAAUUGGUGUCGACGAUUAAUUAGCCUUUCUCAGCCACCUGAGCGGAAGAUCUUCUUGGCAUGCAGAACGGCGCUUCCAACGUGUCCUCAGAUAUCUCGAUUUGUACUUCCUUAUCUGAUUCAAAAUGUACUUCGGUCGGGGAGACCUGAAGUUGGUAAAGAGCUUAAGAAAGAGGUCAUGGCUGUUUUAGAUGAUCAGGACUGCGGUGUUUUGGUGGAUGAUGUUCUAAUGGCUCCUCCUGAAUCCGAGCACACGAAUGACUCAGUAACUAGUACUGGUGGUGCAUCUGACAGAGGUGUUGGUGAAUUUUUUCGACGUCAUGAUCAAUGCUCCCAAACCAUUUUCUCGACUUUUGAUGAGCUGAACGAGUGGAUUUGGACUAGCGAGAAGAAACGGCUCGCUCUAAGCGCCAGUGCUGCCAGUCGCCAAACGUCUGCGUCUGGGCGCAGCGAUGUGGCCUCAGACAUCGACGAUGACCGCGAAAAGGAAUUUCUGGAAGAGUUUGUAAAAGGCAUCCCCAGCCGGUCAUUGUCGAAUGCUGCGUACCAAAUUAAAGCGUAUGCCCGAGCAGUUCAGUACUUUGAAGUUCAUCUACGACAGGAAGAGUUUAACGAGACGGAGCCACGAAGCACUGGUGUCGAGGUGGCUGGCCCGAUCCGUCUUUCACUGGUCUCGAAGAAUGCCACUUAUCUCCAACAGCUCUACAAAAGUGUGGACGAACCGGACUCGUUAGUAGGUUUAGCCUCAUUGCGUCGCUUGCACGAUGCACAUCGGCACAACGAUGUCGGAACCGACAUGAAUGACGAGGCUCAGGAAGAGGGGCUGACUCUCACUGACUUGAUGCAUGAGAUCGUCGACCACGAACAGCUUGCUCAAUGGGAAGACGCACUGGCUUGCUAUGAACAAGCAAUUCAAGAAAUCCAGUCCGCAUUGUCAUUUAAAUCGCUACCUCCGACCAGGCCGCUUUAUAGUCAACUCGCAAUGAUGCAACCACCUGCCCAAAUUCUGGAUGCGGAAAACGCACACAAAGAUCCAGAUAUGAUAAAGCCCGAGCUAUAUGGAGGAAUGAUUGGUUGCUUGAUCCAACUCGGGCGUCUUGAAAGUGCCUUGCAGCAUAUCAACGGCAUCGUGACGCAAGAACCUCAAUUCAUGGCGACAAUGUAUCCGUAUGCUCUCGAGUGCUCGUGGCGCUUGUCGCGUUGGGAGUUGCUGACCGAUCUGCUGAGUACUGAAAAGCAAAACCCGCUACUUCAUUUAUCAGGAAGCUCAGUUCAUGACACUGCGAGUACUCGACUGAAGGGCUUUGACGUUUCGCAGUUGAUGCUGGUUCGUGUACUGCAUAGCUUACAUGGUGGUCAACAAGAAGAAUUUCAGCGUCACUUGAAGGCCGCGCGAUUAGAAGUGAUGGGACCGCUGGCUGCGGCGUCGGCUGAGUCUUACCAGCGCGCGUAUCCUCUGCUACAUGAUCUCCACUUUCUACACGAGGCAGAGCAAGGGUUUAUUUUCUUGCAGAAUGCGAAGGAGAGCGACGACCUCAGUCGACGCAGUUUACUCUGGAAAAAGCAGACUCCUUGGAAUAUACGGUAUGAUGCGAUGGCAACGCAGCUCAAAUACCGUGACCCGAUACUCGCGCUACGUCGAGUAAUCUUGCACGAGGCAGGGCUUCGAAAUGAAGUAUCGGAGAACUGGUUGGUGUACGCCAAGCUAACCAGAAAAGAAGGGUUCAUUCGUACUGCUACCAGUGCAGUGAUGCAUGCCCAAGCAAUGAACAAUCAGUAUGUUUCGAUCGAGAAGGCCAAACUGCUGGUGAGUCAAGACCGAAUGUACGAGGCGUUGCAAGUUCUCGAACCAGUUGACAUCGAUGCGUCUACGUUGGAUUAUGACGUUGAGGACCCGCACUUGUGCGCCAAGAACCUGCUCUUAGCGACCAACUGGAUGCAGAAAUCAGGUCAACGUCAAGGGAAGAAGGUGAUCGAGCGAUAUCAAGCUGUUAUUCGCUUUGAUCCAAAGUGGGAGAAAGGCUAUUUCUUCCUGGCGAAGUACUACGAGUAUCUGCUGAAUAUGAGCCACCCCGACGCGCUUAACGGAUCCAUGAGUAGUGAUGAAGCGGCUGAUCUGCUGCUUGAUUCGGUGUUUCACGGCUACUUGAUCAGCUUGAUGAAGAAUUACGUUCAAGCGCUCGCACACGGGACAAAGUUCGUGUUUCAGUCUCUUCCACGAUUAUUGACGCUGUGGUUCGACUUGAGCGAAGUACUGUACGGAAGCAGCAGUGGGCGGUCGAGCAACAAAGCGAACAAGGCAACGAGGCAGAUCGAGAUCGGGCUGAGUCAGUCCACCAACGAGCACAAGGUUCUCACUGGCAUUACUCAAGUUGUGGAUGAAGCCAUUGAAUCUUUGCCGGCGUAUGAGUGGCUAGUGUGCUUUCCACAAGUAACAUCGCGCAUUUGUCACCCCAAUCCAGAUGUAGUCGACAGUGUCAAGAGGAUCAUGGUUCAAGUGCUCCUGGCUUAUCCAACGCAGGCUAUGUGGUCGCUGCUAGGACUCUCGCGUUCGUUGAACUCACAGCGGAAGAAUCGUGCGCGUGAGAUCAUCUCAAGUGCACAAAAGCAAUUUCUGCACCAAGGCUUAAGAGAGAUUGCCGAUAGCUUCUCUGAGGGCAUGAAAAUGGCAGAGGAACUCAUCAGUCUUGCAGCCCACGACCCUGGCAACAGUAAACGUAAGAUCCACAUCAGACUGAGCCGAAUCCGGACCAGAAUUCUCGUUCCAAUCCAGGCGGCGCUGACCACGAUCCUGCCGACAUCUGGACUAGCCCCUCGCGAUGAGCAUCACGUUGCUUUCUCAUCGAACGCACAGGUCUACAUCAAAGCUUUCAGUGACAAGGCAGAUGUUAUGAUGACCAAGGAGAAACCCAAGCGCAUUGAAGUUCUGGGCACCGAUGGGCAGCUGUACCCGUUCUUAUGCAAGCGAGAAAAGAACGGUGAUCUCCGCAAGGACGCGCGUAUGAUGGAGUUUAACUCGAUGAUCAACAGGCUCCUUCAGAAAGAUCGAGAAGGUCGCAAACGUAAAUUGCGGCUGCGUACAUACGCCGUCGUGUGCUUGAAUGAAGAGAGCGGACUCAUGGAGUGGGUGCGACACACGAGGGCGAUGCGGCAGCUCAUCGGCCAGAUCCACAAGACUGAGCGCGGGUAUAUCCAGCCUGUUCGACUUACGCAUGAGAUCAAAGAGCAGUACCUCCAUAUGCAGAAGAAAUACGCGAAUAACCCUGCUGCGAUGGCGCGGUUCUACUGCCGAGAAGUGCUGUCGAUGCCGGUAUUCACGCCGAGGUUUCACCAGUGGUUUUACAACAAUUUCGCCGAUCCGACUGCAUGGUUCGAGGCUCGACUCAUGUUCUCGCGGUCAGCAGCUGUGUGGUCUAUGGUGGGGCACAUCGUUGGACUUGGAGAUCGUCACGGGGAGAAUAUUCUGAUCGACUGCACCAACGGCGAGUGCGUGCACGUGGAUUUUGACUGUUUAUUCGACAAAGGUCUGAAGCUGACAAAGCCAGAGAUUGUGCCAUUUCGGUUGACUCCCAACAUCAUUGACGCCUUCGGGAUCACAGGGUACGAAGGUGUCUUCCGUCGCGUGAGUGAGGUGACGAUGCGGUUGCUGCGAGAGAACAAGGCGACGCUGCGCAGUGUGCUGGAAUCUUUUAUUCAUGAUCCACUCGUGGAGUGGGGUCGUCGUGGUAAAACUACACAGAGCGACGCUGUCUCCAGCAAAACUGCGGCUGAACUCUCCAGUGAGCGUAGUAAACAGGAGACACGUCUUGUCCUCAGGGCCAUUGACGAUCGGUUGCGAGGCAUCUACAACCUCGGCGAUGCCAUCCGCCCGCUUGUGUCGUCAUCACACCGCAACAUCCUACCGGAGAACGAAACGCUGCCAUUAUCAGUGCAAGGCCAAGUCGACAAGCUCAUCGACGAGGCCACAUCGAACGAAAACCUCGCCCAAAUGUACAUCGGGUGGAUGCCGUUCCUCUAA